AUGACUCUCGAAACAGACGCAGUAGCCGGCGCAACAAUCGAGCUCCUCGAAGCCCGCCUACAACGACUCACCUACCUCCUCACCGGCGAUGCCAGCUGGACCGGCAUCCCCACCGCACCCGCCAAACCCAACUCCCUCGACGACACAGUCUCGCGCCGCCUCCUCCGCCUAGAAAAGGACCUCGAGCGACUCAGCCGAAGCGUUCCCGCUGUCCGAGACGUGCUGCAGCUCCACGACCGCUUCCCGGACCUCUUCCGCCCAACACCCCCGCACUCCCUCCCGGAGAACCUCACAACGCAGAACAUCGCCUCUAUCGUCCUCUCCUAUGCCUCGGCCUUCCCCGAGACCGCGUCCAGACUCACCUCGCUGAACGACCUGCCGGUCCCCGAUGCCCAGGCGUCCGCGUCGCUGGUCGAGCUGCAGCCGCGCCUAGACGGGCUUGCGCGCGUGCAGGAGGAGCAGGCGGCGCAGAUUUCGGAGCUGCGGGUGCGCACAGCACGGGUCUUGCAGCGGUGGUAUGAGAUUGGGUUGGUCGGGAGUGGGGAGUGUUGGGCGGAGUGGGAGGGGCGGCUGGAGGAUGUGGAGAGGGAGGUGAAGAGGGAAGAGGUGGUGAGGGAGAGGAGGGCGAAGGAGGUAUGA